UUCAAUUUGAAAUUCAAACAACGGUCGCGUCUCUCUGAAUGGAUCAGUGGCGGUCAUUAUAGGUCUGUUGCUGUAGCCGUUUCGUUCUGUCGCGCUGCGCGAGACGUCAGUCUCUUCAACAACACAGCGACAAAAUGAACAAAGAGAAUGCAUCGCGCCUGCCUGUGUUCUCUGUGAAGAGGGCUCUCGCCAGCAACACCGAGAGCGGUGCUGAACAGCCUGCACAGAAACUGCGGAAAGUUGACGUGGACCCCGGUAAAGCGAAGCAGGCAGUCAGUAUGGUUGGGACACGCCAGCGUCCAGUAGCUGCAUCUCAACGGGGUGCAAUUAAACCCCUUCGGCCGACUGGAGCAGCAACUGUAGCCGCUGGCCCUUCGAAGAUGGCUGCAAAGCGUCCAAUUGCCUCUGUCCCAGCACCCGCAGCAGGUAAAACGGGCUCACGACGGCCAGCCUGGGAUCUAAAGGGCAGAGUGAGCGACAUGGAGAACAAGGUCCAAGCCUAUCAGAACCGCGUGAAAACAGCCACUCAGGAGAACGAGGACCUGAAAGACUUGGUGGCUACAGCUCAGGAGCGGGAGCGGAAGUUAGAUGAAGAGGUCCACACAUUGAAACAACAACUGAGCCAAUAUGUGGCACAGGUGGCUGAUCUGUCUAGAGCAAGAGAAGAACUAGAAGAGGUCACCAGUGAGAAAAACUCCCUCACAAAGAAAUUGAACACCUUGUAUGUGGAGCAUGACAUGUUGCUGAGCCUGAAGCAGGGCUUGGAAUCUGAACUCCAAAACGUACAGACUCAGCUCGCUGUCCAGGGCUCCAUACUGUCUCGCUGUCAGGCCAGUCUAAAUGAGGCCCAGGACAUGGUGAGGAAUCUGGAGGAAAAGGUGUCCCACCAGUCAGAAGAGCUGUACAGGGGUGAGAUGGAGCGCAGGAAGCUGCAUAAUACAAUUCAGGAGCUCAAGGGUAACAUUAGAGUUUUCUGUAGAGUACGUCCCCUGCUGACUCCUGAUCAGUCAGCAAUGGCACGCAUUGAGCUCCCUGCCCAUGAUGAUAAGAGCCUUAAACUGGCUAAAACUGAGGAGUCUCACACAGGUCGGAAUGGUGACACCCAGAAGAGCUAUAACUUCAGUUUUGACAAGGUGUUUGGUCCACAUGCCACUCAGAAGGAAGUCUUCGAGGAGAUCUCCUUGCUCAUCCAGUCUGCUCUGGAUGGCUACAAUGUCUGCUGCUUUGCCUAUGGCCAGACGGGAAGUGGGAAGACAUACACAAUGGAGGGUGGAGAGUUUGAGGAGACACAGGGAGUUAUCCCUAGAGCAGUCCAGCAGAUUUUCAGAACAGCCAGUGUUCUCAAGGAGCAGGGCUGGCAGUACACAUUUGUUGCAAGCUUUGUGGAGAUCUACAAUGAGACGCUCAGGGAUCUUCUGUACAGGGGCAAGCCUAACAAGAGGCCAGAGUACGAGAUCAAGAAGAUUUCUGCAACUGAAAUCACCGUCACCAAUCUGACCUACCAGAAAGUGACAACUGAGGAUGAGGUGUGCACACUGAUGGAGUUGGCCAACAGGAACCGUUCCACAGCUCGCACCAACGUGAACGAUUACUCCUCCCGCUCUCACUCUGUGUUUCAGUUGGACAUUGAGGGCGAAAAUGCUGACAGAGGUCUAAAGAGCAAAUCCUCCCUGUGCCUGAUUGACCUGGCAGGCAGCGAGAGAGUCCAAAAAAGUCAUUCCCAAGGAGAGAGGUUUAAGGAGAUGACUGCCAUUAAUAACUCCCUCACCAAUCUUGGGAUUGUGAUUACUGCACUUGCUAACAAAGACAGCUUCAUACCUUAUAGAAACUCAAAGCUUACAUACUUAUUGCAGAAUUGCUUGGGAGGAAACAGCAAGACGCUCAUGUUCGUCAACAUUUCCCCUGAGGAAGAAAGCUUUGGAGAGUCUUUAAACUCCCUUCGAUUUGCCAGCAAGGUGAAUGAAUGCGUCAUCGGUACAGCAUCUGCCAACAGAAAAUGAGCACCGGCAUUUUCAGAGGAGAAAAGUAUACCGAAAUGCAACACUUCUUGAAAUAUCUGCCUACUUAUUCAUUAAUAUCUAAAGCCAGCAUUGUGCUAACGGGCACAUAUUAUCCAUUGUCCUUUUUGAUUAUUGAAUGCUUGAAUAAAUUUUUCAUGUAGCUCCUUGUGCCUUUUUAUG